GGGCGAGCGGGGUGGACCGGGGCGCACCAGACCAGCCGGGCUGCCGCCCCGCCCGCCGAGCCCGAGCGCGGAGGUCGCGGUCCGAGCGCUGAAGAUGGCGCAGCGGGGAACGCGGCGCAGCGCCGAGGGCGCCCGGGGCCCGGGGCUGCUGCUGCUGGUGGUGCUGGCGCUGCUGGGGGCCGUGCGGACGCGGGCGGCCGCCAACGGGGGCUUCAGCCUGCACCCUCCCUACUUCAACCUGGCCGAGGGCGCUCGCAUCUCCGCCUCGGCGACCUGCGGCGAGGAGGCUCCGGCGCGCGGCAACCCGCGCCCCACCGAGGACCUCUACUGCAAGCUGGUGGGGGGCCCCGUAGCUGGCGGGGACCCCAACCAGACCAUCCAGGGUCAGUACUGUGACAUCUGCACGUCAGUAAACAGCAACAAGGCACACCCCGUGAGCAACGCCAUCGAUGGCACAGAGCGAUGGUGGCAGAGUCCACCACUGUCCCGUGGCCUGGAGUACAAUGAGGUCAACGUCACCCUGGACCUGAGCCAGGUGUUCCAUGUGGCCUACGUGCUCAUCAAGUUUGCUAACUCUCCUCGGCCAGACCUCUGGGUGCUAGAGCGGUCCACAGACUUCGGCCAGACCUACCAGCCAUGGCAGUUCUUCGCCUCUUCCCGGAGAGACUGCCUGGAGCGGUUCGGGCCACGAACACUGGAGCGCAUCUCUCAGGACGAUGAUGUCAUCUGCACCACAGAGUACUCGAGGAUUGUGCCCCUGGAGAAUGGCGAGAUCGUGGUGUCCCUGGUAAAUGGGCGGCCAGGAGCCAAGAAUUUCUCUUACUCGCCUCUGCUGCGUGACUUCACUAAGGCCACCAACAUCCGUCUGCGUUUCUUGCGCACCAACACACUGCUGGGCCACCUUAUGGGCAAGGCAUUGCGGGACCCCACUGUCACCCGGCGGUAUUAUUACAGCAUCAAGGACAUCAGCGUUGGUGGCCGCUGUGUCUGCCAUGGCCAUGCAGAUGUUUGUGAUGCCAAAGACCCCACGGAUCCCUUCAGGUUGCAGUGCGCCUGCCAGCACAACACGUGUGGGGGCUCCUGUGACCGCUGCUGCCCCGGCUUUAAUCAGCAGCCAUGGAAGCCGGCAACCACUGACAAUGCCAACGAGUGCCAGUCCUGCAACUGCCACGGCCAUGCCUACGACUGCUACUAUGACCCCGAGGUGGACCUGCGCCACGCCAGCCAGAAUCUUGACCACGUCUACCAGGGUGGUGGAGUGUGCAUCAACUGCCAGCAUCACACCACCGGCAUCAACUGUGAGCGCUGCCUGCCUGGCUUCUACCGAGACCCAGACCACCCUUUGGACUCACCCCAGGCAUGCCGUCCCUGCAACUGUCAGUCCGACUUUACUGAUGGGACGUGUGAGGACCUGACUGGCCGCUGUUACUGCCGUCCCAACUUCACAGGAGAGCACUGUGACGCGUGUGCCAACGGCUUCAUGGGCUUCCCACACUCUGUGUCCUCAUUCUCCCCCAAUGACACUGGAGAGCAUGUGCUGUCAGAUGGACAGGUCGUGAACUGUGACUGCAGUGCCGCUGGGACCCAGGGCAAUGCAUGCCGGAAGGACCCGCGGGUGGAGCGCUGUGUGUGCAAACCCAACUUCCAGGGCACCCACUGUGAACUCUGUGCCCCUGGUUUCUACGGCCCUGGCUGCCAGUCAUGCCAGUGUUCCAGCCCUGGAGUGACAGACAGCAACUGUGAUCAGGACACUGGCCGCUGCAAGUGCCGGGCAGGCUUUGAAGGGGCUGCAUGUGACCACUGUGCCCCUGGCUACUUCCACUUCCCUCUAUGCCAGCUAUGCGGCUGCAGCCCCAUGGGAACCCUGCCCUCAGGCUGUGACGAGGAGGGGCGCUGUCAAUGCCGACCCGAAUUUGAUGGCCCUCAUUGUGACCACUGUCGUGCUGGCUACCACAGCUACCCUGACUGCCACGCCUGCUCCUGUGACCCCCGGGGAUCCCUGGACCAGUUCUGUGGGGCGGGUGGAACAUGUCGCUGCCGGCCUGGCUACACGGGUUCCACCUGCCAGGAGUGCAGCUCUGGCUACCAUGGCUUCCCUAGCUGUGCCCCCUGCCACUGCUCCCCUGAUGGCUCCCUGCACACCAUCUGUGACCCUCGCAGCGGCCAGUGCAGCUGCCGGCCUGGUGUGACAGGGCAGCGGUGUGACACAUGUGUGCCCGGUGCCUACAACUUCCCCUACUGCCAAGUGGGCUCCUGCCACCCUGCUGGCCUGGCUCUAGUUGAUCCUGCUAUUCCAGAGGCACAGCCCCCCUGCACAUGCCGGGCUCACGUGGAGGGCCCGAGCUGUGACCGCUGUAAACCUGGCUUCUGGGGCUUGAGCCCCAGCAACCCUGAGGGCUGCACACGCUGCAGCUGUGACCCCAGGGGCACACUAGGCGGAGUUGCCGAGUGCCAGCUGGGCAGUGGCCAGUGCUUCUGCAAGGCCCAUGUGUGCGGCCAGACCUGCUCAACCUGCAAGGAUGGCUUCUUUGGGCUGGACCAGGCCAACUACUUCGGCUGCAGCAGCUGCCAGUGUGAUGUUGGCGGAGCCCUGGGACAGAGCUGCGAACCUAGGACUGGUGCAUGCUGGUGUCGCCCCAAUACUCAGGGCCCCACCUGCAGCGAACCAGCACAGGACCACUACCUCCCUGACCUGCACCACCUGCGUCUGGAGCUAGAAGAGGCAGUCACACCCAGGGGCCAUGCUGUGCGUUUUGGCUUCAACCCCCUGGAGUUUGAGAACUUCAGCUGGAGGGGCUACGCUCAGAUGACUCCCAUCCAGCCCAGGAUUGUGGCAAGGCUAAAUGUGACCUCCCCCGACCUCUUCCGGCUGGUCUUCCGCUUUGUGAACCGUGGGCCCACGAGUGUGAGCGGCCGGGUGUCUGUCCGGGAGGAGGGCAAGUUUGCCACCUGCACCAACUGCACAGAGCAGAGCCAACCAGUGACCUUUCCACCCAGCACGGAGCCUGCCUUUGUCACCGUACCCCAGAGGGGCUUCAGGGAGCCCUUUGUGCUAAACCCUGGUGCCUGGGCUCUUGUCAUGGAGGCUGAGGGAGUGCUUUUGGACUACGUGGUUCUGCUGCCCAGUGCAUACUAUGAGGCGGCCCUGUUGCAGCUGCGGGUGACUGAGGCCUGCACUUACAGGCCCACUGCCCAGCGUUCUGGGGACAACUGCCUCCUCUACACCCACCUGCCCCUGGAUGGCUUCCCCUCGGCCACAGGCCUUGAUGCCCUAUGUCAUCAUGACAACAGCCUCCCCCGGCCCUGCCCCACCAAGCGGCUUAGUCCCUCGCACCCACCCCUGGCUGCCUGUCUAGGUAGUGAUGUGGAUGUCCAGCUGCAAGUGACAGUGCCUCAGCCAGGCCGAUAUGCCCUCGUGGUUGAGUAUGCCAAUGAGGAUGCCCGCCAGGAGGUGGGCAUAGCCGUGCAUACCCCACAGCGAGGCCCCCAGCAGGGGCUUCUCACCCUUCACCCCUGCUCAUACAGUACUUUAUGCCGGGGCACUGCCCUGGACACCCAGCACCACCUGGCUGAUUUCCACCUGGACACAGAAGCCAAUAUCCAGCUCACAGCUGAUCAGGCACACUUCUUCCUGCAUGGUGUCACCCUGGUCCCUGUGGAAAUGUUCAGCUCAGAGUUCUUGGAGCCCCGCGCCCGCUGUGUCAAUAGCCAUGGCACCUUCAGCCCUGGCAGUGCUACCUGCCUGCCCUCCCGCUUCCCGAAGCCACCCCAGCCUAUCAUCCUCAAAGACUGCCAAGUGUUGCCACUGCCACCCGACCUCCCGCUCACCCACUCGCAGGAGCUUACUCCGGGUGCACCCCCAUCGGGACCUCAGCCUCGGCCCCCCUCCGCUGUGGACCCCAAUGUGGAGCCCACCCUAUUGCGCCACCCCCAGGGCACAGUGGUCUUCACCACCCAUGUUCCCACCUUGGGUCGCUAUGCCUUCCUGCUACAUGGCUACCAGCCCAUACACCCCACUUUCACUGUGGAGGUCCUGGUCAACGGGGGCCGCAUCUGGCAGGGCCACGCCAACGCCAGCUUCUGUCCCCAUGCUUAUGGCUGCCGCACCCUGGUGGUGUGUGAGGGCCAGACUGUCCUGGACGUGACUGACAGUGAGCUCACUGUGACCAUCCGAGUGCCUGAGGACCGGUGGCUCUGGCUGGAGUACGUGCUUGUAGUGCCCGAGGAUGUCUACAGCCCCCGAUACCUCCGAGAGGAACCACUGGAUAAGUCCUAUGACUUCAUCAGUCACUGUGCCACCCACAGCUUCCAUGUCAGUCCCAGCAGUUUGUCUUCGUUCUGCCGCAACGCCAUCACCUCUCUCUCCUUGUUCUAUAACAAUGGGGCUCUGCCGUGUGGCUGCCAUGAAGUGGGUGCUGUGGGUCCCACGUGUGAGCCCUUUGGGGGCCAGUGUCCCUGCCGUGCCCAUGUCAUCGGCCGAGACUGCUCCCGCUGUGCCACCGGCUACUGGGGCUUCCCCAACUGCAGGCCCUGCGACUGUAGUGGCCGGCUGUGCGAUGAGCUCACAGGCAGGUGCAUCUGCCCGCCUCGUACCAUCCCGCCUGACUGCAUCAUUUGCCAGCCCCGGAGCUUCGGUUGCCACCCCCUGGUGGGCUGUGAGGCAUGUGACUGCUCGGGGCCUGGGGUGCAGGAGCUCACGGACCCCACCUGUGACAUGGACAGUGGCCAGUGCAAGUGCAAACCCCAUGUGACUGGGCGCCGCUGUGACACCUGUGCCCCUGGCUUCCAUGGCUUCCCCAACUGCCGCCCGUGUGACUGCCACCCUGCAGGCUCGGCCCCCGGCAUGUGCAACCCCCUCACUGGCCAGUGCUACUGCAAGGAGAAUGUGCAGGGCCCUAGGUGUGACCAGUGUCGCGUUGGCACCUUCUCCCUCGACGCCACCAACCCCAAUGGAUGCACCCGCUGCUUCUGCUUUGGGGCCACAGAGCGCUGUCAGAGCUCAGCCCACAGGCGCCAGGAGUUCGUGGACAUGGAGGGCUGGGCACUGCUGAGCAGUGACCGGCAGGUGGUGGCCCAUGAGCUGCAGCCAGAGACGGAGCUGCUGCGAGCAAACCUGCUGUACCUGCCCCAGGCCUUCCCUGAGCUAUACUGGCAGGCACCACCCUCCUACUUGGGGGACCGGGUGUCAUCUUAUGGUGGGACCCUGCGCUACAAACUGCACUCAGAGACCCAGCGGGGAGAUGUGUUCAUCCCCAUGGAGAGCAGGCCUGAUGUGGUGCUGAAGGGUAACCAGAUGAGCAUCACAUUCCUCGAACCCGCAUACCCGGAGCCUGGCCAGGUGCACCAUGGACAACUGCAGCUGGUGGAGGGGAACUUCCGGCACACAGAGACCCACAACGCCGUGUCCCGAGAGGAGCUCAUGAUGGUGCUGGCCGGCCUGGAGCAGCUGCAGAUCCGCGCCCUCUUCUCCCAGAUCUCCUCGGCUGUCUCCCUGCAUAGGGUGGUGCUUGAGGUGGCCAGUGAGGUGGGCGGAGGGCUUCCGGCCAGCAAUGUGGAACUGUGCAUGUGCCCCGCUAGUUACCGUGGAGAUUCGUGUCAGGAAUGUGCCCCUGGCCAUUACCGGGACACCAAGGGCCUCUUCUUGGGCCGCUGCAUCCCCUGCCAAUGCCAUGGCCACUCAGACCGCUGCCUUCCUGGCUCAGGCAUCUGUGUGGGAUGCCAGCACAACACUGCAGGUAACCACUGUGAACUCUGUGAGGCCGGCUUCCUGCGUGGGGGCUCAGAAGACCCCUCUGCCCCCUGCAUCAGCUGCCCCUGCCCCUUGGCAGUGCCAUCCAACAAUUUUGCCGUGGGCUGCAUCCUGAGGAAUGGCCAGGCCCAGUGUCUUUGCAAACCCGGCUACGCAGGGCCCUCCUGUGAGCGGUGUGCCCCUGGCUUCUUUGGGAACCCACUGGUGCUGGGUAGCUCGUGCCAGCCCUGUGACUGCAGUGGCAAUGGAGACCCCAACAUGCUCUUCAGUGACUGUGACCCCCUGACCGGCGCCUGCCGUGGCUGCCUACGCCACACCACUGGGCCCCACUGCGAGAGCUGUGCCCCUGGCUUCUAUGGCAACGCCCUGCUGCCUGGCAACUGUACCCGAUGCGACUGCUCUCCGUGUGGGACAGAGGCCUGUGACCCGCGCAGUGGGCAGUGCCUGUGCAAGACUGGCGUGACUGGGAAGCACUGUGACCACUGUCAGGGAGGAUACUUUGGCUUCGAGGGCUGCCAGGGCUGCCAACCAUGCGCCUGUGGACCUGCUGCUGAGAGUUCUGAGUGUCACCCCCAGACUGGCCAGUGCCACUGCCGGCCAGGGACUGGGGGGCACCAGUGCCAAGACUGUGCCCCUGGCCAUUGGGGACUCCCUGAGCAGGGCUGUAAACGCUGCCAGUGCCAGGGGGGCCACUGUGACCUGCACACAGGUCGUUGCACCUGCCCACCCGGCCUCACUGGGGAGCGAUGUGACACCUGCAGCCAUCAGCACCAGGUGCCUGUGCCCGGCGGCCCUGGGGACAGUGGCGUCCACUGUGAAGUGUGUGACCACUGUGUUGUCCUGCUCCUGGACGACUUGGAGCGUGUGGGCGCCCUCCUCCCAGCCAUCCGGGAGCAGCUGCAUGGCAUCAACGCCAGCUCCAUGGCCUGGGCCCAGCUGCACAGGCUGAACACCUCCAUCUCUGACCUGCAGAGCCAGCUCCGGGGCUCUUUAGGCCCCCGCCGUGAGGCUGAGCAGCAACUGGAGGUGCUGGAGCGACAGAGCACAAGCCUUGGGCAGGACGCACAGCAGCUGGACAGCCAGGUCACAAGGGCCCACAUGAAGGCUGGCCAGCUGCUGGCUGGUACUGAGGCCACACUGAGUCGGGCAAGGACACUGCUGGCAGGCAUCCAAGCUGUGAACCAAGCCCUAAACGAACUUGAGACCCAGACGGGCCACCUGCCGUCAUCCAAUGCCUCGACUCCAUCAGGAGAACAGCUGCGCCGAGCACUGGCCGAAGUGGAGAGGCUGCUCAGAGAGAUGCGGGCCCGAGACCUGGGGGGCCCCCGGACAGCAGCCGAGGUGGAGCUGGCUGAGGCCCAGAGAUUGCUAGCCCGUGUGCAGGAGCAGCUAACCAGCCUCUGGGAGGGGAAUCAGGCACUAGCCACUCGCACCCGAGACCAACUGGCCCAGCACGAGGCUGGCCUCAUGGACCUGCGGGAGGCCCUGAACCGGGCAGUGGGCACCACACGGGAGACGGAGGAGCUCAACAGCCGCAACCUGGGACGCCUGGAGGAGGUCCUGCAACGCCAGCAGGAGCUGUCCCGGGACAACAGCACUCUGAGGGCCACUCUGCAGGCUGCCCGAGACACUCUGGCCCAGCUCUCUGAGCUGCUGCUCAGCAUGGACCAGACCAAGGAGGAGUAUGAGCACCUGGCCGCCAGCCUGGAUGGGGCACGGACACCUCUGCUGGAGAGGAUCCGGGCCUUCUCCCCCGCCAGCAGCAAGCUGGACUUGGUGGAGGCCGCCGAGGAGCACGCAAAGCGGCUGGAACAGCUGGCACUCAACCUGACCAGCAUCAUUGAAGGUGUCAACCAAGACCGCUUCAUCCAGCGAGCCAUCGAGGCUGCCAGGGCCUACAACAGCAUUCUGCAGGCUGUGCAGAGCGCUGAGAACGCCGCUGGGCAGGCGCUGCAGCAGGCCAGCCACACAUGGACAACAGUGGUGCAGCAUGGCCUGGGCCCCCGGGCCCGAGAGCUACUGGCUAACAGCAGUGUCCUGGAGGAGGCUGUCCUUGGGGAGCAGUGGAGACUCGGGCGUGCGUGGACCACUCUGAGAGAGACCAGAACCCAAUUGCGCGAUGCCCAGGCCAAGAAGGAGCAACUGGUAGCCCGAAUCCAGCAGGUGCAGGCCAUGCUGGCCAUGGACACAGAUGAAACGAGCCAGAAGAUUGCCCACGCCAAGGCUGUGGCCAUGGAAGCCCAGGACACCGCUUCCCGCAUGCAGUCCCGGCUUCAGGACAUGCAGGCUGACCUGGAGCGCUGGCAGGGCCAGUAUAGCAGCCUGCAGAGCCAGGACUUGGGCCAGGCGGUGCUUGAGGCCGGAAACUCAGUGUCCAGUCUGGAGAAGACGCUGCCACAGCUGUUGGCCAAGCUGAGCCUCCUGGAAAACCGUAGGGCGGCACACAACACCAGCCUGACCCUGUCUGCCAGCAUAGGCCGCGUGCGGGAACUCAUUGCUCAGGCCCGGGGGGCAGCUAACAAGGUCAAGGUGCCAAUGAAGUUCAACGGCACAUCAGGGGUGCAACUGCGCACCCCUCGGGACAUCAGUGACCUGGCCGCCUACACUGCUCUCAAGUUCUACCUGCAGAGGCCUGAGCCUGCCCCAGGACAGGCCGCCGGGAGCCAGUUUGUGCUAUACAUGGGCAGCCGCCAGGGCACUGGUGACUACAUGGGAGUGGCUCUGCGUGACCAGAAGGUGCACUGGGUCUACCGCCUGGGAGAGGCGGGCUACGGCUCCCUGAGCAUCGAUGAGGACAUCGGGGAGCAGUUCGCAGCAGUCAGCAUCGACAGGACCCUGCAGUUUGGCCACAUGUCCAUCACAGUGGAGAAGCAGACAGUCCAUGAGAUCAAGGGUGACACAGUGGCUCCUGGGGCUGAGGGACUGCUCAACCUUCAGCCCAGUGACUUUGUUUUCUACGUGGGGGGCUACCCCAAAAGCUUUACGCCCCCCAAGCCCCUUAAUCUCCCCCACUACCGGGGCUGCAUUGAGAUGGACACACUCAAUGAGGAGGUGGUCAGUCUCUACAACUUUGAAAAGACCUUCCAACUCAACACAGCCGUGGACAAGCCCUGUGGCCGCUCCAAGUCCACAGGGGACCCAUGGCUCACAGACGGCUCCUACCUGGACGGUUCUGGCUUUGCCCGCAUCAAUGUGGAGAAUCAGAUGGGUUCCACCAAACGCUUUGAACAAGAGCUGAGGCUUGUGUCUUCCAGUGGGAUUAUCUUCUUCCUGCAGUACCAGGGCCAGUUCCUGUGCCUGGCUGUGCAGGAAGGCAUUCUGCGACUCUUCUAUGACUUUGGCGAGGGCAUGAAGGUGGCAGACUCCUCACAGCUCCUGACAUCAGCCAGUAAGGCGAUCCAGGUGUUCCUGCUUGGGGGCAAUCGCAAGCGUGUUCUGGUGCGCAUCGAGAGGGCCUCGGUGUUCAGUGUGGAGCAGGACAACUCCCUGGAGAUGGCCAGUGCUUACUAUCUGGGGGGCGUGCCGCCGAACCAGCUGCCUCCAAGCCUGCGGCAGCUCUUCCCCUCUGGAGGCUCCAUCCGAGGCUGCAUCAAGGGCAUCAAGGCGCUGGGCAAGUAUGUGGACCUCAAGAGGCUGAACACCACGGGCAUCAGCUUUGGCUGCACAGCCGACCUCCUGGUGGAACGGGCCAUGACUUUCCACGGCCACGGCUUCAUGUCCCUGAUGCUCACUGAUGUGCCCCCCCUCACGAGAGAUGUCUACUCUGGCUUCGGCUUCCGCAGCACCCAGGAUAGCGGCUGGCUGUACUCCCACGAAUUCCCGGAGGGGCUGUGUGAGGUGUCCUUGCAGCAGGGCCGCCUGGCACUCCGGCUUGUGAGGACGGAAGUAAAGACUUCAAGGGCCUUUGCUGAUGGUAACCCCCACUAUGUUGCCUUCUACAGCAACAACACAGGGGUCUGGCUCUAUGUGGACGAUCAGCUUCAGCAGAUGAAGCCCCACCAGGGGCCACCCUCCAGGCCUGGGCUCCAGUCUGACAGGUCACAGCUCUUCCUGGGAGGUUUGCCUGAACCCGACACAUCCCGAAAUUUCCACAACUUCAGUGGCUGCAUCAGCAAUGUCUUUGUGCAGCGGCUCCAGGGGCCACAGCGUGUGUUUGACCUGCAGCAGAAUACAGGCAGCGUCAACGUGAGCUCAGGCUGCAUCCCACCUCCUCAAACUCAGACACCAGUGCAGGCACCACUAGGACUAAGGGCCACUACUACCCGCAAGGCCUCUCGUCGGAGCCACCAGGCCACCCAGGACCCUGCCUGCACAGCAUUCAGGCCCCUCAAGAUCAUCAAAGAUACCUACCAGUUUGGGGGGCCUCUAGCCAGUCACCUGGAGUUUGCUCCCCGUGGGCACUGGUCCCACGUGUCCAUGCUCGUGCGCCCUCAAAACCCUCAAGGCCUACUGUUCUUUGCUGCACCCCAGAAGGCUGGAGGCCCCUCCCUGGCUCUCUUCCUGAGACAUGGACAUUUUGUUGUUCAGACAGAAGGCCCUGGGCCCCAGCUCCAUGUCCAGAGCUACCAGCAUUCACAGGCCGGCCGGUGGCAUAAGGUUUCUGUGCAUUGGGAGAAGACUCGAAUCCGGCUGGUGGUAGAUGGGGUCCAAGUUCAAGCCCAAGCAGCACCUGGCCACCAACACCAGUGGACAGAGGAUCUCUGGCCCCAUACCCUCUUUGUGGGGGGUCUUCCUGCUGGAGUCCCCCACCUCCUUGUGGCCAGCAGCUCCAGGUUCAGUGGUUGUGUGAGGAGACUGAGACUGGAUGGGCGACUCUUGGGGGCUCCCAAGCAGAUGGUGGGAGUCACUCCCUGCUUCUUGGGUCCACGGGAAAAGGGCCUAUUUUUUGCAGGCAGUCAGGGAGUCAUCAGUCUAGACCUUCCAAGCAUCACACUGUCUGACUUGAGCUUGGAGCUGGAGGUGCGGCCCCAGAGAGCCACUGGCCUCAUCUUGCACCUGGGGCAGGGCAAAGCACCCCCCUACCUACAACUGCAGGUGUCAGAGAAGCAGGUCCUGCUGAAAGCAGAUGACGGUGCAGGUGAAUUCUCCACAUGGGUGACACACCCCAUGGCACUGUGUGAUGGACAGUGGCACCAAGUGACAGUGAGCAAAGGUGGACACGUGCUCCGGCUGGAGGUAGACACGCAGAGCAAUCACACCCUGGGCCCCAGGCCCUUGGCAUCCUCUGAUAACCCAACAACUCUGCACCUUGGGGGCCUGCCUGAAUCCCUGGACACACAGGCCAAGCCUCCCACCCAGAUCCGCCCUCAGCCUCCAAACUAUCAUGGCUGCCUGAGGAAUUUGAUGGUGAAUGGGUCCCCUGUUAUUUUGCCUCACUCUGCGAAUGUCCAAGGGGCAGUGGGCAUCAGCGGCUGCCCCCCAACAUAGUAUAAGCUCUCACAACCACACUGGAGGGGCUACAUGGUCCCCAGUUCAGUGGGUGGCCCAGGCAAGCAGGAUCCUGCCUCUCAGUUCCUAGUCCCUCCAGCUUGCUGACAAAGGCACCCCCAGCCUGUUUCAGACAGUGUAUAUUUAUCUAGUAUGGGUGAUAAAUCUUAAUUUUGUUUUUUUGUGAAAGGAUAAAAUGCUAUAAAUUAAAGGUUUUUUUACUUCUU